UCGAUGGAGCGUGUUUCCUGUUAGCCCAAAAUACGACAAAGCGAUAAAGUUUAUUGGCAUUUCGAAGCGUCUCAACUUUGAGCAGGUUUGAAUGUUUUUUUUUUAUACGUAUUUUUUCUUUUCGGGAAAGUCAAUGAAAGCGGAGUAUUUUAAUCCGAGAAGAAUUGUGAUUUGGGAAAUAAAAGCUUGGAGUAAAACUGAAAAAUCUGACUGGAUUCUGACCUGAGCAAGAUGAAACCCUUACAGCUCAUUUGUCAGAACUGCAACAUGCAUUAUGAGACAAUUAAGGAGUUUAAGAUUCAUAUCCGAAAUCUGGGACAUAAGAAGGAAGUGGCAAAACUUUAUCAGACAGCAGUACAUAAGGGACCAGUUUACGUUCCCAUGUUUGUUUUCCUUGAUUACUUGAGAAAUCCAAACCAGCCUAGUCCACUCAUUGGUUUUGACACAGUGACGAUGUUCAUUACUCCUGAAAAAAUUGGUGCCUUUUACAUGUGCCAUGUAUGUGAAGAGCAGCUAAGCACUGCUAACAUUGUGUCACAUCUGUCCUCUGAUCAUCAUUACUUCAAGUACUUGGCCUACACUAAUCCAGAGUUGUUGCAAUUUGCUUGGCUCAAUGACUCCUUUUCUUAUCUACAAUCAAGUGCUAUUAAAGAGUACAACUCCACCGGUGCUGGAAAACUACGGGUUAUAGAGCUGCCUAAUAUGAUGCUGAGGAAGUAUAAAAAACUGCAGUAUCCUCAAGUCAUGGCAGAGUUUUCCAAAACAGACAAGUUAAUGGAAUGUGUCAAAGCUGGUUUACCACUGAGGAAAUCCAUUCAGGAGUACAUUGCUGAACCUGCCAGAACUAAUCCAUUAUUGGGUCUGAACCUACUGCUUGAGUACUCAUGUCCGAAGAAAGAGGGAUUUUAUGGCUAUCUCUGUAUUCUUUGCAAGAAACAACUUUCAGCCCCACAAUGCAUCUCGCAUUGCAUCAGUUUUGAUCAUGUUUAUUCGUAUCUGGAAGCUGCUCACCCAGCAAUUUUGGACUCUUCAAAGAGCAAAUACAGUCACUAUUCUUACAGUUUCCACAAGAAGAUUCUUUGUCUGGCCAAUCGUGCACAGACUCUUUGCCCUCCAGCAGAAAUACAUAGCAUAACUCUGGAUUUGGAAAGCUUUAAGGAGAUUCACUUCUCAAGCUACACAACUGCCCUGGGAAAGCUGCAGGCAAUAUGGAGAAAAAGAAACCAGACUGAACUAAAUUUUAGUAUUACACCAGGAGCACAGAUCAAGGACCAUGAGCCAUCUGCCAAAACAGCAACCACAGACGGCUCAACAGAGCAACAAGAGGAGAAAACACAAAUCGAAGCUUCUGUCACUCAAACUAAAGACGAGGCAUCAUACAAAAUUCUGUGUGUAGAAUGUGACCAGACGCUAAACUUUAUAAAAGAUUACAAGCUACACAUUACUAGAGAGAAACACAAACAGAAACUAAUUGAGUUGUUCGGACCAGUCCGGUUUCAGGGAGCCAUGUCUAAGAUUAAAGUGUAUCAGGACUUGUGGAACCGCCAUACCAGUAAAUCAUUUCGUCCACUAAUAGGCCUGUCACUGCUUACUGUGUUUGUACAGAGGAACAGUGCAGUUAGUAAACCAUUCUACCUCUGCCAUGCGUGUGAGCUUAACAUCCCUGUCUCCUCGGUGUCAAUACACCUUACAUCCACGCAGCACUACUUAAAUGUCUUUGCAUACUCCAAACCAGAUCUUGUAUAUCUUGGUUCCCAAAACUUGGACCAAUGUGCAAAAGAAGAAGAACAGAAUCAGGGAAAACAAAAAAUGGUCCUGCAAGUGUGUGAGCUUUCACCUCGGCAGUUUACAGGACUCCAUAACCUAACGUAUGAAAAAUGCAUGGAAAUAAUUGGAAAGCAUAAUCCAAAGCUGAAAAAAUGUAUUGAAGUUGAGAAACGAAUGACACUGGAGUUAUACUCUGACAGUUGUGAAAGGAAGGUUCCGCUGCUUGGUCUGCAGUUCAUGGUGAAAUACACUACAACCCAGCAUUGUUUUAAAUGUGGUUAUCUGUGCUUGCUGUGUGAAAAGAAGCUUUCAGAAAGGCAGGCCAUUGUUCAUGUUUUGCGAUUUCCACAUAUGUUCACCUAUCUUGAUAUGGCCCAUCCUGGUUCCUUGAAGAGAGAAGAUUCUGAGCAGGUUUCUCUUAUCAUGGAUUUGGGGAAACAAGCAGAGAAAAUCGCUCCUAAUACGACUUUGCGGAAAGUGGACUUGAGCAUUUGGAAAUUUAACGAAGUUGAUAAAAGCUCCUUUACUUCUGCUUUGAGUGUGUUGCAAGCACUUUGUAAAGAUGAAGGACUGGGAGAACUUAAACCUACUGUUGUCCCUGGAGCAAGACUGGUCUCCAGUGUCAAGGAGAUUAACUCUUCACAGUGUGAAGAACAAGAGCGUACACCACCAGACACAAAUAAAAUAAACAUUGAGGAAGCAUGCACAGAUACACCCAUAAACAAAACAAAUAAGCAGUCAAAUUCAGAAUAUCCUGAUCUCUUGCAUACAAAUCACAAAGAGCUUUCAAAAACCUCAUUUAUAUCUUCACAUCACGUACGGCCAGAUGAAUCUUCAUUAGCCACAACACAUUCAGAUUCAUCAUCUACACAGCCUCCAAUUUCAUUCUUACAUGAAGAGCAAUCAGAGCUGAGGAAAUUGGACGAGAAGUCUGUGAAGCAAGAAGGAUUUCCUGACCAAAUUUCCACAAAUGAUGAUCCAAAUGUAAAAAUGUCACAUCCACAAACUCAAGACUCAAGUGUACCUCAACAGCAGAAUGUAGAACUGGCACAAAAAUCUGUCAAAGAGGUGGAGGGUCUGCAGAAACCAACACAGUCUCUGGCUUGCUCGGAGGCAGAAACCCCAGCAGUUCCUCUGACCCAGUUGUCAACUUGCACAAAACUUCAGUGCUACCUAAAGAUGCCCAACAGACAACCUGUAAUAGGUUUAAAAUCUGUGAUUGAAUGUUGGACUGUUGGUCAAAAACCAUUCUACGUGUGUGUAACAUGUGGAGAAAAAUAUGAGGAGAGCUCCAUAAUAGAGCAUCUUUUAAGCCACAGACAUCGGCUCCAGUAUCUGGAAUCUAUAAACUAUGGCCCCAGCCCAGGCGAAAAGGUAACUGACAAAUGGUUGCAAGCCAAAGCAAACCUUGUUGAGAAGAUGCAAGGAUGUGGAGAGGCAGAGACACUAAAGUUGGAUGCUAAAGAUUACCAUGAAAUCUCCAGUGCACAUAUUCUGAAUGCUUUGGGAAAGCUAAGGGAGUUUCUACUCAAGCUGGCAUCUGAGAUCUGUACUCAAAGCCCAAAGGCAGAUUGCCCUGACUGCUUCAAAAGUGAUGAAAGCCAAGAACCUGAAACAUUUAAAAGGAUUAAAGAAACUGAAGAAAAGGACAUUCCAUGUGCUCACUUCAAAGAAACUGUGACAUCCACGAAGCCCGAGACGAAACCUGACACAGAGCCUGAAACUUCUAUACAAAGGCCUGAUGAUCCUGCUCGAGGUUCACCAUAUUUAUGGUCUUACCUCACCAGUGCCACUCGAAAAGAGCCAGUAAUUGGUUUGAGUAUGAUCACAGAAUAUCGUAAUUCCAAUGGUCAGAAUUCCUUUCUGUGUUCCUGCUGCAAUGUGAUUCUUGCUACUCACUGUUAUAUGGGCCACCUAAUUAACCCCCGCCACCGCUUCAACUACAUUAAAUUAAAGAACCCAGAGUUUCUUGCGCACUGGAAAGGUGAAAAUUUUGGAACUUUUGAAGUCCGGAAAAUUACAGAACUCCAAAAGAAAGCACAGAUUUUACAAGACAGUGAGGGCUGGGGAUGCCUCAAGGUUGUAGAAAAAGACCAUAAGCAGCCUCAAAAACAAGCAUCAGAUGAGACUUUUGCCAAGGUCCAGAAACUGGAGCCAUCUAAAAACAGUGGUGACACUGAACCACAGGACCUUAUGAGGAUUGAGCCUAAACCUAAAAAACGCCAGAACAUGAUUGGGCCUGAGAGUUCAGCCAAAGUCCAGAAAAUGGAGCCGUCACAAACUAUAGAUGAUGCUGAACAAGACCAUACUAGCUAUGAGCCAAAACCUGCAAAACAACAAAGCAAGAAAAAAAUGAACAAGUGCAAUGCUGUUAUUGGACUGAAUUUUGUUACUUGUGUGCAUCAUGGCAAAAAGAAGCUGUACUUCUGUGAACUCUGCUCUGUGCGAGGUCAUUUAGACCACAUGUCUAGUGUCACCCACAGAAAAAAAUAUGUGAAACAUAAAUAUCCUGAUUGGACUGCAAGUGAUACAAACAUGGAGAAGAAGCUGCAUAAGAUAGCUUUGCGUUUAGCAGCAGUGGAGAGAAGCACUAGGAUUGGCAUGAAGAAACUGAAUGUCACUGCUGAAGUAUUCACAGCCUUAAGUACUGCUCCUCUAAAUGAAGCCCUGAGUCAGCUAAAGCUGCUGCAGACAAAGCCAGAAGAUGCAGCUCAUCUGAAAACAUCUUUCCAACCUGAAGCAAACACUUUCUCUGACCAUGAGCAUGGAACACACAGUAAUUCUAUGGAUCACAUGAUCUGUUCUGCUGCAAUUACCAACUCUUUGCAGCAGGAGAAAUCCCCCCUGCAGAAAAAUAAUUUAGCUCCAAAUGAAAAUCCUGAUUCUCUAAAUUCAGCUGACUCAUGUGACACUCCUUCUCUGAAGUCAUCCUGUACUUUCUCAAUUCCUGUGCCAUUUCUUCCUAAUAAAUCUCUCUUUUCUACAACUGUCCAUUCUCCCCUCUCAUCUGCUACAGAGCUUCACUCUCCCUCGUCUCAUUCUAGCCAAAUUUCUCCUUCACCACCACUCCAUUCUAGCUCUAUUUUUUCUGCCAUUCCUUCAUCAUCUAUUGUCAAGAUCAUGCCUCCUUUCUUCUCUCAACCUGAAAGUCCCACUCAGUGUUCAUUUGUACCCCAUGCCCUAUAUGAACCAAUUUUACCUCCAUCUGCAUCAAACUGCCUGGACGUAAGUGAUGUUGCUCCUCCAAAUUAUUUUCCUGCACCUCCUGUGUAUGAACCCAUAUCACCUCCACCUGCAUCAAACAGAAAGGAUGCAACUGAUUCUGCACCUCCAGAUUCUUACUAUGCACAUCCUGUGUAUGAACCCAUAUCACCUCCACCUGCAUCAAACAUAAAGGAUGUAACUAAAUCUGUUCCUUCAAAUUCUUAUCCUGCACCUCCUGUGUAUGAACCCAUAUCACCUCCACCUGCAUCAGACAGAAAGGACUUGAACAAUGUUGCUCCUCCAUAUCCAUCCGCCACCCUGAGUUCUGCCAAACUGACUCAUCCCACUGAAUGUGAAGAACCUGCAGAUGCAUGUAUCAAAUCUAUCCUGAAAGAAAAGCAUGACACAGCACCAUCAAAAACACAUUGUUUUCCAAACCUACCCAAAGUGCUGGAACAGAGUAAUGCCUCCAAGUUUCUCAGUGUGAAGGGACUUUUUAACACUGAUCUAAUUAUAGGUCUGUCUAAUAUUUUGGAGUGCCGAAGAAUUUUGAAGCCAACAUUUUUCCUGUGUUUGAACUGCACUGAUAAAGUCAGCAGGGAGAACUUUUGUGACCAUAUGACCAGUGAACGGCACAAACACAUGUCAAUUAAAACUCAGUAUCAUGAGAUAUUUCAGCAGUGGCAGUCCACUCAUCAGACAACUACUCAUGACUUGGUUGAGAAAUUGGCAUUGGCAGAGAAAGGGUUAGAUGCUACGGUCAUCAAGUUAACCCAAAACCAGUACGAGUCUCUUUGUUCAGCGGAUUUCUGUGAUGCAAUUGAAAUACUACAGAGGAUGUUUGGACCAUGUUUGGAUGAAAGCGUACAGCUAUCACCUUUUGCAGGCCAGAAUCAGAGAAACCAUGAUAUCUCCUUGGUGAGGCUACUGCCAGAGUCUGUAAAGGCGGACAAAGAAAGAGAUAAUCAGUCACCACAAAACUAUGAUAACACAAUACAAAUUAAGGAAAUUCAAGUACCACUCAAAGGGAAUGCCCUCAAGCACAUGGACUUAACGUAUAUAAACAAAACUAGAACAGAGGCAGACGCUGUGGUUGGUCUGAGCGCAGUGAUUGAGUUCAGAAGUGAGAGUGAGACUUCACUGUAUUUAUGUGUGGCCUGCUGCAGGAAACUCAAGCCUGACCUUAUUAGCUGCCACCUGGUAAAGCCUGGCCACAGAUAUAACUAUUUGAAAAAACGCUACCCCUUUUUGUUUGUGGACUGGUCUGAUUCUGAAAGUAGAACUGAGAUAUCCACAAGGCUCAUGAGGCUUGCUCACAAAGUGGAGAUGACUAAUGCGGAUGAGCCUGGUCAGCUACAGGUGAUGAAACUGAAUUGUGAUGACUUAAAGGAAAUAAAAGCCAUGUCAUAUGAUAAAGCCAUCAUAUAUUUACAGAACAUUAGAAAAGAGCUCAGCCUUUGUGCUCUCAACACUUGCAUUUCUCCCAAGAUCACAAAAAAUCUGAUAAAACAGGAGAGUGUGGAAACAGAUGUGACAACCCAAUGUUCUUCACAGUUACCUGGGAUGAAUUCACUGGGACCUAGAAGAGCUUUGAAGCGCAGCGCUGUUGAAGAUUCGGUUCAUCAGACCUCUCCAGAGAGGGAACAAUGUUCUGAUGUCCCCUCCACUCAACUAAAACAGUCCCAUGUUAUAGGGAAUAAGCAGAAACCAUCGGAUUUGAAGCGGAGUAAGAUCUCAGGCACUGGUUUAGACAAUGUUGCAAAGGUCCAAAAGGAAUCUUUUAUUUUGACUACAACCAAACCCAAUAGAUCAUUACAUAGUACACCAGGCUCCGUUUUAGACACUUCUGGAAGUUCUCCCAGAACUUUACACCCCAGUUCUCAGACUAAGGAAACUACUUCAAUGGAUCAAUCUGUAAUAAAAAACAAUGAAAAGCAAGAAUCUACAUCAAUUAUUGCACCUCAGCAAAAGGAUCCUUGUAUCAACACUAGUACCAUUAGUGCUCUGUCAUCCAUAAAGGGCCAGGAAAUUGGUCGACUGUGUGAAAAAAGACCCUUGGUGAAAAAGAGCUUAAGUGAGAACGCCUGGAGUUAUGAAAACCGACAAUUUAGCCCUGAAAGGACCAGUAAGGCUAAUAUAAACCCAGUGGCUGACAAUUCCACUGAGUCUGUGGUUAUGAAUCAGCAAUGCAGCAUUGCAAAUACAGUGCACAAUAACAACGAAGCAGGAAAUCCCCUCUAUAACUCUAAAAUUGCAGACCACAGUCUGGAUACCAAUCUAACUCAUAAUAUAAAUGCAAAUGUGUAUAGUUCAAUGGUUUCGACAUAUGGCACAAUGGCCUCCGUCACAAGUCAAGUGACACCAUCAUAUGCAGAGUCUAAUCAAUAUCCCAUCUGUACCCAUCCCAAUUACUCUUCUGCUAAUACAGUGCCAUCUGAUUAUUUAGGGCCAGUAGAUGAAACCGCCAUGAAUUAUGAAGCAGCUCCCCCAGGUCUAGAUACAAAUGCUACAUACUACACAAAUUUAAACUCCACACACACAUCACAUACUGUUUAUCAUUCUCAACCAGUUUAUCAGCCAAUUCAAUCAUUCCAUAUCCCAGAGAUUUAUCAAGCCCACUAUGCUUGCUAUCCUUACAAUCAGGUUCUUCAUACUACCCAAACGACAGCAGGGGAAGGAAAUGCCACUUCCACACCUGCAUUUGAACAUGGUGUUUAUCCACUGGCUAGCUGGCCUCAACAGAAAUGAAGAAACCCAAAGGCCAAAUGACUUCAUAGAUAUGUUGAAAUCAGACAAAACUAUAAGCAUGAAUCUUUUCUUUAAGAUUUUUUUGUGUAAGCUUUUUUUCCAGUCCUACAUCCUUUACAUGAGGUCUUAUAUUUCUUUUCAUAAAAACUGUUGUUAAUUUUCUUUUUUUUUCUGAAUAACUGUUCCCUAGCCAGCAGUUACAAGUACAUGAACAUUAAUGAUGAUUCUGGAAUUAUUGUAUAAAUGUUUCUGUAAUGGGAUUUUAUUGGCUAGAUACGCCUUUGUUUUGUUUUAUUAGAAAUAAGACUGCUUUGGGUUUUUUUAAAAUAGUUUUACUUAGAAUGUUGUAAAUGUAUAUUAUUUUGAGAGGGCAUAUAUAUAUAUUUAGAUAUCUGAAUGUUUUUGUAAAACCUGAGAUUUUUUUUCUGUAUUUUCUUAUUUUAUAGAUAUUCUUUGCUAAAUAAAAUCUCAGAAAUGUU